AGAGAGAGAGCCAGGCAGAGGAGGCACCUUUGCUUUUGCAAAGCAGGGGCUGGGGCUCUUUGCUGCUGCAUCCCUGGCUGUGGCUGGAGGAGGGAGGGAAAGGCAGCAGACCCUUUCAGGGGAGCUUUGCCAUGAUUGCCUUCUUCCCCUGAGGCUGAGAGAGUGUGACCCAGGGGGGUCUCCAUGGUCUCCAGAGGGGGAGCAGAAGCAUCCCUUUCCAGCCCCUGAGCCAGGCGUUGGGUCUUGCUGGGAAACUGAAGGAAGCAGGUGGAGGAGGGCUGGAGAAGCAGGGAGCCCUUCCUCUCCUUCCAGAUGCUGCAUUUCAUAUGAGAACAAGCACUUUGCGAGGUGAAGCACCUGCCCUCUGCUGACUGCACUAUCUCCUGGUGGUGUGAAGAUGACUAGUAACAAGCAACAAGCAUGACCUCACUGGCUAGUAUCAUUGCUUCCCAGCAGUCUGAGUGGGUCUCUUUCAAUGAUGGUCCACACCUACCUGCUCCCUCACAGUGCCAUACUGAGGAACCACUUGAGGGAUUUCUUUCUUCUUCUGAUACAUCUUCUGAAGGCAUCCAGAACCUGGAUCAAGAAUUACAGAGUCUUGCACAAUCUGAGUUGGGAGAUGAAGUGGACAAACCAGCUGUGGAACCCACGUCAGUAUGUUCACCUGAAAUCUACCUGUCUCCAAAGACUGAUUUAUCUUCAUCCUUUAGCACAUGGGUCCAAUUUGAAGAUGCGCCCUGGACUAGCACUUCACUGGAGCACACUCACACAGCCUCUCUUCCAAAAACAUUCUGCUGGGCAUGUCCCUCCUUGGGAUCUUCUGAAAGACAGCCUCUUGCUUCUGACAGCAGUUGGACAACUACUUCGGAGAACACCAGCAGCCUAAGUAUUACUCCUUCUUAUACAGAUCUUCAGUCCAUAAAUACAGAAGAUCUGACCAGCGGAGGAGUAUCUGCAGCAGACUCUACUGACAAUUCUUCUUCUCUUCUAGAAGAUGAAGAGCUAGGUAUGGAAGGCAGCAGCUGGCACCUGAACAGCACAUCCAUUAAUGGCCACAUUGAAACUUCAACAACAGCUCGUUUUCCUAGCUGGGUAACUUUUGAUGAUGACGAAGUCAGGUGCAUUUCUCCACCAACUUUAUCCCCUGUGAAACCAGACCCACCACCAUUUCCAACAUCAACACUACCACCACAACCAGCAACAACAACACCAACAACACAGAUCAUAGAUGUGAACUCUAGUACUCUCUCCUUGUCCUUUAAAAAAAGAGAGCGCCCCAGAAGCACACUGGGUGACAUCUCUAAAGUUCAAAAACUAGAUCUUUCCUCCAUAAGCAGGUUGCCUUCAGUUGUUGGGACACCCCCUUGGAGUGCUACUAAUCCUUUCCUUGAUGAUUCUCUGAGGGAUGUUCAACCUUCCCCUAUCAACCCAUUCAGUUCUUUCUUUGAAGAGCGGGACAGACAUUGCCAAACCUGUCCUGCUUCAGACAUCUCUGGUAGAAACAACAGAGAUUCCCUUAUUAUCCUCCAUCAAGAGCCUGACACCAUCAGCUUCAAUGAGUCAAGUAAGCAUCUCAGGCACAGAAAUGCUGUUGAGCAACUGAAACAGCUUCACAUUGGAGACCCUGAUCAGCUCAGCAGCCCUAUUCUACCUGAUGAUGACCCUAGUAUACCAACUGAGCUGGACAGUACCUUGUUCACUCUGGGACCAUCUCAACAAAAAGAUGGCUGGCCGAUGAUGUUGAGGAUACCAGAAAAGAAGAAUAUCAUGUCUUCUAGGCACUGGGGCCCAAUUUAUGUCAAAUUGACUGAGAAAAGGUGUUUGCAGCUCUUUUAUGAGAAAGGACUGGAGAAGCCUUUCAAGGAAUUCAAACUGGAUAUCAAUCAUGAGAUUUCAGAACCCAAGCUCCAGAAUUAUGAUGAGAAUGGAAGGAUACACAGUGUGAGAAUAGAUCGAACUACGUACAAGGAGAAAAAGAAGUACCAGCCAAAACCAUCUGUCUUACACACAGCAGAGAGAGAACAGGUUAUUAAGUUAGGCACCACCAAUUAUGAAGACUUCCUCAGCUUCAUCAGAGCAGUCCAGGAUGCACUGAUGGAUUUGCCCGCUUCAUCAACAGACCUGAGCACUGUGGGAUUAAACUACCAAGAGGAGGAGAUUACAGUGGAUGUAAAGGAUGAGUUCUAUGGCACUUUGGCCAAAGGAGACAACAGGAUUUUGCAGCAUAAUGUGUUGACACGAGUGCAUAUUCUCACUUUUCUUUCUGGCCUGGCAGAAUGCAGGCUGGGUCUCAAUGACAUCCUUGUCAAAGGGAAUGAAAUUGUUUCCCGGCAGGACAUCAUGCCUACCACCACCACCAAGUGGAUUAAGAUGUAUGAUUGCCAUUUUCAUUCAUGUGUGGAUGAGGAGGCAUUUGCGACUGCCCAUGUCAUUCAGUUCAAUCCCUUGGAUGCCUGCAAGUUUGAACUGAUGCGCUUUAGGACUGUAUUUUCUGAGAAGACAUUGCCUUUUACAUUGAGGGUGGCAGCUAGUAUCAAUGGUGCUGAAGUGGAGCUUCAGAGCUGGUUGAUGAUGUCACCAGGGUUCUCCUCCAACAGAGACCCUCUAAAUCAGGUCCCCUGUGAAAAUGUGAUGGUCCGCUAUCCUGUGCCUCAGGAGUGGGUGAAAAACUUCCGUAGAGAUAGUGUUCUUGGGGAAAAGUCAUUGAAAGCCAAGGUAAACAAAAGUGCUAGCUUUGGAUCCACCAGUGUUUCUGGUUCUGAGCCAGUAAUGAGAGUAACACUAGGAACAGCCAAAUAUGAGCAUGCCUUCAAUUCCAUUGUGUGGAGAAUAAAUCGACUGCCUGACAAAAACUCUGCUUCAGGCCAUCCUCACUGUUUUUUCUGCCACUUGGAGCUUGGCUCAGACCGGGAAGUGCCUUCAAGUUUUAUCCACUAUGUGGACGUGGAAUUUGAUAUGCCAACUACUUCUGCAUCCAAGAGCGCCAUCCGGUCUAUCUGUGUGGAAGGCAAGACAGAUGUCAGGAAAUGGGUCAACUAUUCAGCACACUACAGUUACAAGGUGGAAAUAGAGCAGAAGAAGAGCUUGAAUGCAGAGAUGAUGGGAGAAGAUACCAGUAAUCCCAAGGACUGUGCUGUGCAGUGAGGGAAAGGUCCAUCUUCAGCUGGAACAGUAAAACUGACAGGGACUGAAGAAGAGAGAACACAGCACCUUGCCUCAGUGGUUGGAAGAUCCAAGAAGUAUUUAGAGUGUUGUAAGGUUUCCUUGUCUUCUGCAACCUUCUUUAGAGAAGAAACUCUUUUGAGAUUUGUUUACAACAACCUGGUGACUUUGACAGAGGCAUACUAAGAAUGUUGGCUUACAGUUCACCCAAGCCUGCCUAAAUCCCUACCAUUAUUUGUCCUGCAGUAAAAUAAUGGUAUUUUGACAGCCGCAACUCAAAUGUGGUGUAGCCAUAGUCUUCUUAACAAACUUUUCCUAGUAUGUACUGGACACAUCCUUUUUAAAAAACUGCUGAUUUAGUCCUCAGAACAGAUCUCGCAGGUCAUCUGUAACAUGACUGAAAGGGAUGGAAGAAUGAGAAAAAUACCACAGGAUCCCCUUUUUUGCCUCUAAUCAGUGAAAAGAUAUUAUAACCCUUUCAUCUCAAACCAAGUGGAUAGAACCACUGGGGAUUCCAGUAGCUGGAAGGCAGUUAAAUUGACCUGCCCUAUUUGCCAUCUCCGAGAUAGAACAUUUAAAUAUUGCACAUUUUUCUUGGAUGCUAGUCAUUGGAAAACUACCUUUGUUCAGUUAAGUCUGUUGCUGGGUCCAGGAUUAUUCUUUAGACAUAACUUUAGCUGCUACUUGACUGAUGUUUGAUCAGUGUUGCUUGGGAGGAUACUUGGAGGAAAUAUAAUUCAUCUGAACUUUUACUUGGCUGGUUGAGUGGCACAUCUUUUUUACCCAGAUUAAUGUUUUGUUGAGAAACUACAGUUUCCCUUCUAAAUGAACAUGGUGGAAAAGAGAUGCUCUGUUUAUUUUUAUCAUUUCUUUGGUAGAUUCUGAUAAGGCUAAUUUCAAACACUACAUCUUAUCGUAAGAAAACCACAGUGUAAAGUUUCUGUGUGCUAUCAAUAAUGGAUGCUAUUCCUUUAUAAUAUACAGACAUAAUGGCUUUGG